AUGGAUUCAACUACUGAUUCAUUUGAUUCUGCGCGAGUUACUGAAGAGCAAAAACAACACUUAAUAACUUCAAAAGAGCAGUCACAAACUCGAGAUCCAACCUUAAAAUUACGUAUUUCCGAGUUUGAUCCACUAGCAAAUACCAAAGAAGCUGAAAAUGGUGAAAAAAAGGACACCCGAUUAAUUGAUAAUCAGUCUUUGUCUGAAGAGGAACCCAAAACUCAAGAAGAAUCAUCAAAUCCUCAAACACUCGAUUCAUCGUCCAAUAAUAACAUAAAUAGAG